GCCGAGCGCCCAGCGGGCGGUGAGGGCGCGGCUUUCCUCGCCCUGCUUGUCCUUGCUCGUUCGCGGACGUCGGGCCCCCGCCCCCCGGCUCGCCCGGGCGUCCUUCCUGCGUUGUGCCCGGGAGCCGCGGCGGCCCACGAUGAGCUGCCUGACGCAGAAUGUGCGGGAGCUGAUGAAGGCGAUGACCCGUGUCCCCGGUUUUGAUAGAGUUUUGGAAAAGGUGACUCUGGUCUCUGCUGCCCCUGGGAAAGUGGUUUGUGAAAUGAAAGUAGAAGACGACCACACCAAUAAAUACGGCACUCUCCAUGGUGGUCUGACGGCCACCUUAGUGGAUAACGUAUCAACAAUGGCUCUGCUGUGCACUGAACGGGGGGCACCAGGAGUCAGUGUGGAUAUGAACAUCACGUACAUGUCACCUGCUAAAAUAGGAGAAGACAUAGUAAUAACAGCGCAUGUUCUGAAGCAAGGGAAAACACUUGCAUUUGCCUCUGUGGAUCUGAUGAACAAGACCACGGGAAAAUUAGUAGCACAAGGCAGACACACAAAACACCUGGGAAACUAAGCCCAGCAGUUUGGCCCAGACACCCAGCAAUAAAGACCAAGCGUAAAUUUGACUUGAACAAAUGUAACUUUCAAAAUAAAUUAGCACAACCAGAAA